AUGUCUAAAGAAGAGAAGUACUCGGUUGCAUUUGCUGGCUUCCCACUGGGACCUGCUCAAGAGUAUCAACACCAGCCGGGCAUUUCCUUCGAAGCGGCACCAAUGGCAGACUAUGGGCCCAUCCGUUCAGAGCGUCCUGUAACGCACUGUGAAUACGACUCGCAAACGGAGACGGAAGGUAGCACAAAUGGGGAGAUCUAUGAUGGCAAUCAGCCUUGCUUUGGAGGUAAACUAGAUUGCAAUCUGAACAUUAUCGGUCGAGUUCAAAGUAGCCUGUCGAUUCAGCUACCGGCGAGUACCGAGGCUAUAGAACCAGCGACAGAUGUCGAGGAAUCCACUCAUCAGACGCCCCGCAAUACUGUUGCACAUGGCAACUAUACCUGGCCAGCUCAGAAGGAGUCCACCUCUCCAGUCCCCGCCAGGCCUACUCCAGGAUUUGAGAUAACCCCUAAAGACCUCUACCCUCACCCCAGCCAAGCGAUCUGCUCGUGCAAACGACCUGCAAAGACAGGCACAGUCCGGAUAGUACAGUGCAGGAACCCAGAGUGUUCCGUCCAAUGGUAUCAUUAUGCUUGCCUCAAAGAUGUGAGGGAGAAAGGAGUUGCCCGCUUCGGAACGCUUCUAUGCGAGGUAUGUAGGGGUGAAGAAUACUGGGGAAAGGCUGAAGGCGUGACGGACCUUAGCAUGCCUUUCACACGCGAAGAGAUCAUGAACGGGAUCAGCGGCAUAUCCAACGCCAGCGGUGCUAGUGAUCCAUACAUAUUGGGCAAGAACAUGCUCUAA